UAAACAAGCAGCAGGCCAGGCCUGUACCUUCAGAUAUUGCAGUAAUCAUGUACACAAGUGGAUCUACAGGAGUUCCAAAAGGAGUUAUGAUUUCUCAUUGCAAUCUUAUUUCUGGUAUAACUGGGAUGGCAGAAAGGAUUCCACACUUGGGGGAAAAAGAUGUCUAUAUUGGCUAUUUGCCUCUUGCCCAUGUGCUGGAGUUAAGUGCUGAACUUGUCUGUUUAUCACAUGGAUGCCGUAUUGGCUACUCAUCACCUCAGACAUUAGCUGAUCAGUCCUCAAAAAUAAAGAAAGGAAGUAAAGGAGAUAUUACUGUGCUCAGACCAACCCUGAUGGCAGCUGUACCAGAAAUUAUGGAUCGGAUCUACAAAAAUGUCAUGAAUAAAGUGAAUGAAAUGUCCAGUUUCCAGCGGAAUCUAUUUAUAUUGGCUUACAAUUAUAAAAUGGACCAGAUUUCAAAAGGCUGCACUACACCACUCUGUGACAGCCUUAUCUUUCGGAAGGUACAAAUGCUGCUAGGUGGCAGAAUUCGCAUCCUUCUGUGUGGAGGAGCUCCACUCUCUGCAGUAACUCAGCGAUUUAUGAACAUAUGUUUCUGCUGUCCUGUGGGACAGGGAUAUGGCCUAACUGAAUCUUCUGGGGCUGGAACGAUCACUGAUGUUUGGGACUAUACAACAGGGAGAGUGGGAGCACCUUUGGUUUGCUGUGAAAUUAAGCUGUUGAACUGGGAAGAAGGUGGAUAUUACAAUACUGAUAAACCAUAUCCUAGAGGUGAAAUUCUUAUUGGAGGCCAAAAUGUGACUAUGGGCUACUACAAAAAUGAUGCAAGAACCAAAAAAGAUUUCUUUGUGGAUGAGGAUGGGCAGAGGUGGCUCCAUACAGGAGACAUUGGAGAGUUUCAUGCAGAUGGCUGUCUAAAAAUCAUUGAUCGUAAAAAAGAUCUUGUAAAACUCCAGGCUGGAGAAUAUGUCUCUCUUGGCAAAGUUGAAGCUGCUUUGAAGAACCUUCCACUGGUAGAUAAUAUUUGUGCAUAUGCAAGCAGUUUCCAUUCUUAUGUCAUUGUAUUUGUUGUGCCAAAUCAAAAGGAGCUUAUAGAAUUAGCGCGAAAAAAAGGAUUUAAAGGAACCUGGGAAGAGAUCUGUAACAGUCGUGAAGUAGAAAAAGAGGUCCUGAAAGUGCUAGCUGAGGCUGCUAGGGCAGCUAACCUGGAGAAAUUUGAAAUACCAGUAAAAAUUCGUUUGAGCCCUGAUCCUUGGACCCCUGAGACUGGUCUGGUGACAGAUGCCUUCAAACUAAAACGCAAAGAGCUUACAGUACACUACCAAGCAGACAUUGACCGAAUGUAUGAGAAACGUGUAAACUAACUCAUCUUUUCCAGUACAGCUUUGCGACAGUGAGCUUGGAUCAAAUAGGAAAUACUUGAAUCACUGGUCUCAACACCUUGAGACCAACACACACAAACACCCUUCCUCAUCUGCAGCUUAAACUGUUACGUCUGAUAGCAUCACAAGAUUUGAUGGCAGGAUUAGUAAAAUGUUAAGGCAGCAAACUUGUGUCUGUCUCUCUCUUUGCCCAUUUUUUCUGCUACCUUGUAAGUGUGUGGGUUUUCCUGAAUCCUUUUGGGGAAACCAUGCUUUUUGAAGCCUCAAGUUUUUAAACAUGAUUUAUAUAUCCUGUAUAAUGUUUUGUUUGUAACUUUUUAAAGUUUGGAUGUAUAGAAAGAUAACUUGGCUGUAUAAGAAACGGUUAUUCUGGGGGCCUUUUUUACAUAAGUAUUUAAAUAUACAAAGUUAUUGAUGUCGUGAAAUUAUGUAAAUUGGAAAUGCAUAUGAAUCAAAUUGUCAUUGGACAGAGGCUAGAUUAUUUGUUAAUGUGCAAUUGUUUUGUAUAAAUUUCGGAAGAAAAAAAAAGUUUGACAUUCUGACUUGUGAAAUACACUUGAUGUAUGUGCCUGGCGGUUUCUUUUUAAAUUAUUUUAUUAUUACCUGAAAUGCACAGCACUGUAUAAAGAUAGCCACUCCUGCAGGAUAUUGCUGUUUUAGGCUUUAGUAAUGCAAAAUAUGCUGUUUAACACAGCAAAAAGCUACUUCUGUGAAUAACCUGUCUAAUAGGAACUUUUAAACUAUUUUCAGGCCAUUUUGUACAGAAGUUAUAUUGUUUAAAGCUAGCAAGUUCUGUAAAAUGUUAAGUCAAAUGAAUUGAGUUAGACAAUAUCCUUUUAGAAAGGAGAAUUUAAGAAAAAUUGCAUCUUGUCCUUCAGCCUUACACACACGAUUCAGGUUUCCUGUUUUGUCACUUGUGAAAAAUUGUUAAUAGUCAGGUUCAAUCCAGCUGCAAGCCCAUAUUUGUGUAGUGGGGUGGAGACAUUUUUAAAAGCCCAAAUGGCAGUGUGGUUCCCAACUCCUACUGGUUGCCUAACCAUUGAAAAUCCCCCCGUCAAUUAAUAAUGCUAUGUUGUUUUGCUUACCUUUUGCUUUGAAGGUAGAUGUGUGUGGAGUAUGUUGUCAGUAAUAAUCCUAUUUAUUUUACUUGGUUGAUGGUUUAAUUGUUGCAGCCGAAUUCUUGAUUUUUUUUUUUUUUUUUUUUUUAAGGAUUCUCAGUUUUGAGAUAGUCCCAUGAAGUUUUUGUCUUGAGUUCUGGGUGCUAUUUAUGUCUCAAGUGACAGCCUCUAGACAUGUUUCACAUGUAUUUUUUAUUUUUUAAUAUAUUUAGAAAGAACAUUCUGGUCCUGAUCAUUGGGGGAAUGUGGAAGGGUAUCAAUAAACUUUGGGAUGGUUGCAGGUAUUAAAAACGGGGGUUUUAAUGCAGAUUUCUCUUUCUUGUAUGUUAUAUAUAAUAAUAAUAAUAAUGUAAAAAAUGUAAGGUUUGAUACUGAUUUAUUGUUGUUAUAUUAGAGGAUAUAUGCUCCUCAGAAUAAUUAUUGCAUAUGAAACCACCCAUUGCUGGUGUUGGCAUUUGUAAAACUUUACCUUGGGAAUUCUUAGAAGAUGAUUCAAAACACAAACUUUGAACAAUUUUAUUCUGAAAUGAUAUUUAAAUUGACACUUCCUUUUGGUUAACCAGUGUGGUUUUAUAAGAGUCCUGAUUCACUGUGCUGGUGAAAGCUGAAUGUAUCGCAUGUAUCUUCUGUCAAGGAGUUAGCUCUGGGAGGUGGCUUUUUAAAUAACACUUACUAGAUCAUGCUGAAUUUGACCAGCUGCUGGCUCUGGAAAACUGUUUCAGUGAAGUUUACUGUAAUUGGUCAGAUUAAUUUAUCAGAAUUGAAAAGAGGUUCAGAAUAAUACUUCUGUAAGAAUGAGAUGGCUAGAUCAUUGUUAUCCAGUUCAGAAUUUUCUCAAGAGUUGGAUCAUAAAAUAUAAAUGAUUGGCAGGUAUCCAAAGGAAAAUCUAAAGGUCUUUCCUAGUUGAUUGAAGAGGUAGACUGUUAAGUUCAUAAGAAAGUCUCACUACAUUUUAGAUACAGAAAAAUGUUGGAUUUGUGCUCCGGCAUAUGGCAGUGAGAAGCAUAAUGUUAACAAAUAGAAUUUGCACUCCAAAGGACAGAGGCUGUAUGUUGUUCCAAGCUGUAAAAGUUGGGGGAUUUUUUGUUAGUCUAGAAAGUCAUGGUAGUAAAAUUGCUAAAGUAAGUCCAGCAUCUUAAGAACACUUUGUGCACUCUGCAGAACAUACUAAAAAUUCUGAAUUUGGUUAUUCCAGAAGGAUUGUAAAAGAUAUUUGAUACUGUUAAAAGGGCUGAAAUUCACUUUUGGAUGAAAUGUGAAAAUAAGCAGGUGUUUUAGCUUUAGUUUUCAUUUUUCUUCCAGUUCAGCCAUAAGGUUCAAAUGCAGCCUAACUGUAUACCAUCUCCCCAUCCUGUAUAGCAUAUUUACUUGAUUAUAAGAUGAGGUUUUUUACCCCUUUUAACAUAAGGGGAAAAAGCCCCUUACCUUACAAUCAAGCACAAGGCAGCGGGGGAAGGGACAGAGGAGCAGGCAGCUGCUGCAGCUCCAGCCCCACCCUGGGGUUAGAGCCAAGGCCAAAACUGCUUCCAGCCCAUGCCCCACCACCUCAGCACACCCUGCCACUCCUUCACAACCCCCAGUCUCCCAGCUCUACCUCCUUGCCCCACGCUGCUUCUCCCUUUCUUUCUCCCUCUGCUGCACUCCUCCUUACCUUUGCUCCAUACAGGCAGGCUACAUCCCUGCUGCAGCUCCGCCAGCCCAGCCCCAUAGCAGCCUUGCAGAGCUGGCACUGCUAUUCCAGCCCAGCCCUGUUGCAGCAGUGCUGGAUCCCCACUGCUGUUGCAACAAGGCCAAGCUGAGUCAGCAGUCCUGACUCUGUGUUGCUGCUAUGGGGCUGGAGCCAUGCUCUGUGCCAUGGGCUGCGGUUGGGAUGGAGCCUGCUGGCUCAGAUCAAAGAGGGUAGGGAGGCAGGCAGGAGGGGGAGAGACUUCAGGGUGGGAAGAUGGGAGGAAGUGGGGGUAGGGCCCUGAGGCUGCAGGUGGUCGAAGUGGCAUGGAGAGUAGAGAAGGUGGGGGAGGGGGAAUUAGGGCAACCUGAGACUGCAGGAGGGCGGGCAGGCACAAUGGAGGAUAAGUGCGGGGGGGG